GUCCUGGAGUCUUGACCCGAACUCUGCUCAAUGCAGGUGUUAGAGUGGUAGCUCUAGAAAGUAACUUAGCUUUCCUUCCAAACUUACAGUCCCUAGAGAAUAGCCUGGAUGGACAAUUAAAGGUAAUUUAUGGUGACUUCUUCAGACUGGAUCCUUUGGUGCCUGGAACGGUGAAACCACCUGCUGUGUGUUCUGACAAACUUUUUGAAACCAUGGGUGUAGCAGCAGUUCCUUGGAGGGCAGAUGUACCUGUGAAAAUUUUUGGAAUCUUACAACAAAAAAAGGAAAGGAACGCACUUUGGAGGCUUCUUUUUGCCCUGUAUGAAUGCAGUUCUAUAUACAAAUAUGGAAGAGUAGAACUCAACGUCUUUAUAAGUGAAAAAGAGUACAAGGUAUUGACAGCAAAGCCUGGGGAAGUGAGGGCUUACCAAGCACUUACAGUACUUUGGCAAGUAGGAUGUGAAAUUCAGCUAUUGCACAUGGAACCUUGGUCAUCAUUUGUAACUAAUUUGAAAAAUGGGGGACUGGCGAUACCAAAAAGCAGGCGGCUGCCAAAUGACCAUUUAUGUUUGGUACGACUGACUCCUCAGCAAAAUCUAUUUACAGGAGGCUUGAAGCCCACAAAUUCAUCUACCUUUAUUUUCAUGGUGAAACAGUGUUUCGCUAGACCUAAGUCUAGACUUACUGAUAAAUUAAAGUCAUGGAGCUUGGACAACGGUGGCAAAUUACUCAGAGAGUUAGAAAUUCCCAAAAAUGCUCAAACACGUGACUUAUACCCAGAAGACUAUAAACAUCUUUUUGAGGCUUUGCAAAACUCUAAUAUGUUUACCGAAACCUGGUUCUAUGAUGAAGUCUUGGACAGUAUAAGGAACAUAAACUUAUAA